CACCAGUAGUGAUGAGGACAAUCAGACUGUUAACCAUCACAAAGCAAUCUUCUAUCAAAUAAAACAAGUUGAUAUCCUCUUGGAAAACAUGAAAUAUUUGGGUAAGGAGAUGAGAAGAGAAAUCACCUUGCAACUAAACUGGCAGUUUUCCUGCACUUAAAGGUUGAAACUGGCCAUUCAGUGUUGGUUGGCCAACAUGCUGCCCUCCAGAGGUUGUGGUCUAUAUCUCCCAUCAGUCCCAGAUCACAUCAAUAAUCAAGAAUACUGGAAAUUGUCAUCCAUGAUAUCUGAAUGGCAUCAUAUUGGCUGCCCCUGGCAUAGAUUAUAUCUUUAGAGUAGUUUAAUGUAGAGUAUCCCCUUCAUGGAUCACUGCCUUGUCAUGGCGAAGGGGCUUGAAGAACUCAGAGAAGCUAUGAGCUAUGCCGUGCAGGGCCACCCAAGAUGGACAGGUCAUAGCCGAGAGUUUAGGCUAAAUGUGAUCCACCUGGAGAAGGAACUGGCAAACCACUCCAGUAUUUUGCCAAGAAAACUCCAUGGACAUAAAAAAGGAGAAGCUUUGAGAAGAAAGUGAGAGUUUCCAAGGCAUGCUCUGGUUCAUGGGGUCACGGAAGGUCGAACACGACUAAGAGGACUAAACAACAACAAUGUAGAGAAUGUGGAAACAUGUUCAUUGUACAUCACACUGGUUCCUGAGAAGGCUGUCUGGAAGGGUUUGGGCCUUUCUAGGAGAAAUGUCACAGGGUAACUAAAGCUCUUACUUUGCCUCAAGCGCCAAGCAAAGUUAUAUGGAGGAUCUUGGUUAUGAUGCUAUAGAAGAAGAAGUCAGCUAGGUACCAACAUGAGGUUUAUCAUCAGUUCUGUUGGUGUCAAACUUGCAUGCUAACUUCUAAUCCAGGUCAUCGUUGAAGCCAGCCAGGAACCUUGCUCCUUUGCCAUCUUACACAUCACUUACUCCCCCCCCCAGACAGUUUUCUGACCCGAAUCCUGACCUACAAACCCUGAUUGCUGAUGAGAGUACCAUUUUUAAAUGUUGUGAACCCAUUGUGAACUACUUAGGAAAAUUGUAAAUAAGCAUUUCCACCAAAGGAGCAAAUCUGCUUGAAGAAAUGAUUUGGAAUGGGGAAACAGUUCAGAUCCCCCUUCUGCUUUUUUACCAUUGUGAUGUUCACCACUGAGAAAUGAAUCAUAGAAUCAUAGAAUUGUAGAGUUGGAAAUGACUUUAAGGUCUUUUAGUCCAACUACCUGCAAUGCAGGAAUCUCAAUUAAAGCAUCCGUGACAGAUGGCCAUCCAACCUCUGCUUAACAACCUCCAACGAAGGAGAGUCCUCCACCUCUUGUGGAAGACCAUUCCACUGUUGAACAGUUCUACCUGACAGGAAGUUCUUCCUGAUGUUUAGUUGGAAUCUCAUGUCUUGCAACUUGAAUCCAUUGGAUUGAGUUCUGCCCUCUGGAGCAGGAGAAAACAAGCUUGCUCCAUCUUCCACGUGACAGCUCUUAAGAUAUUUGAAGACGGCUAUCAUAUCUCCUCCCAUAUAGUGUUGGUCCAAGUCAAAUAGAGACCAAUAGACCGGGAGUGUUUAAUAGACUGGAAGCUAAGCAGAGUCAGGACCUUGGACAAGGUACUGGUUCAGGACCACAGAUAGUAGCCCUGCAGUUAGUAAAGAGAAAGUAACUCUAAAAGCAAUGUCUUAGAGCAGAGCUGUGGAUCCUCCAACACAGGCCUGCCAGGGGGUCCAAUCUGGAGCUCCCACAGGAGGAAGUGAUGACCACCAACUUGGAGAAUUAUACAAAUUCAUGGGUGGAAAGGCUAUCAACAGGCACUAGCCAUCAUGGCUGUGUUCUACUUCAACUGUCAGAGGCAUUAUGAUUCUGAAUACCAGUUACUGGGGCUUGCAGAUGGGAAUAAGACAGGCUUGCCACAGGCAUCUGGUUGGCUACUCUGAGAACAGGAUGCCAUUGGCCUGAUCCAGGCUUAUGUUCAGUUGGUAGAGCACAAAACUCUUAAUCUCAGGGUCAUGGGUUCUAGCCCUGUGUUGGGCAAAAUAUUCCUUCAUUUCAGGGAGUUGGACUAGAUGACCCUCAUGGUCCCUUCCAAAUCUGCAAAUCUGCAAUUCUGUGUUCUUAUUCCCCCACCAACAGUCCAGUGUUGGUGCAGUGAUAAGUGCAUUUGAAUGUGAUGGGGAUAUGAAUGGAACACUUACAGUAGCCCUGUGAAAUAGAUUAGAUUGAGAGAUAUUUCUGUCCCAUUGCCAUUCACUGAGCAUCGUGACAAAGACAAUGGGUUUGAUCAAACCAGGACUAGCAUUUUGCCCACUACAUUGCACUGCCUUGCAACUGAGCUCCAUUAGAACAUGGCAUAAACUGUGAAGUCAGUUUUCUGCUAGACUUGGAAGAUCUGUUUUUACAGAGUGUACACAACUGCUGUAGUAUGGUAUAUCAUCUAGUAUUUGUUAUUCUUUUCCUGAGCAAGGCUAUUUUCGUCUUCCUAACUACUUGUGAUGUUUGUUUAUGCAUGGCAGUUCUGUUUUGUUGUUUUUCCCACCCCACAUGCUUGUGAGCAAGUGUCUGCUCUAACACACACACACACACAUACACACACACACACAUGCAUGUAUGUGUCUUCCUCAAUUUCCUGAAAGUUUUCUCUCCCUGCAAAAAGGGCCUCCAUUUUGCUCCCUCGUUGACUGAUUUAUUGCUUGAUUGCAUUUCUAUGCUACUUUCCAUUCAGAUGAAUCCUAAAGAGGCUUACAAACAAAAAGCAACAGUGACAUAAUAAAUAAUAAAACCAACAUUUCUCUCUCUCUCUCUCACUCUUAUACACACACACACACACACACACACACACACCAUGGCCCUUUAUAAUUUUGAGGUGUGUGGCUUUGAAAGCUUACCUCAUUGUUGCAAGGUGGCCAAAGGUGGUCUGAGGUUCUCUACUAUCCCCUAAACAUUUCUUCAGCACUCCAAAGCCUCCUUGACUUGCCUGUGCUUCUGGAUCGGGGGGGGGGGGAGGAGGGAGACCAUAAGGAGAGUUACCUCACAAUGUCUCCCUCUGGGCUUUAAUUCAAAUGAGGGCACCUGGGAAGGCUGCUGAUUACAGACAACAGAGAGAGAUUCCUUAAUCAGUGGAAAGAAAGGAUGUUCACAAAUGCCCUUUGCCCACCUCAAAAGUAAAGUAUGCACAACAAAACCCCUCCACCCCAUUAGAAUUUCACUUAUUUUUUCUUUCAUUUUUGAUCAUUUUAAAUGCACUUUAUUUUAUUGCUAAUUGACACAGAAUGGUUGGGGGCUGGAGUGGGGGACAUGGAAUAAAUUUUCAGCCCAGUACUAGUUUUAACUGUCUUGAGGAAAUUUCUCUACACAUAUCUGCCAUCAGCCAGCUUGUUGGAAGGUCCAGCUCCAGUUCAAGCACCCACCUGUCUAUCCAAGUCCAUGGGGGCAAACCCCAGAUGUUGUUUUACUGACUUUAACAGCAUCAGCACAAAUGACGGAUUCACCCUACUGUAUUUUGAUGCAGAGACAUUAGAGACAGAAUCAUUUGCUACAACGGGAAACAGUCAACAUCUUAUUUGCAUCCAUGCAUAUCAACAAUGCAAUUAGGACACACUUCUCUCAGAAUUAAAUUCAGAUGGUAAUUAAAGAAUUGCGUUAUGAAUUUUAAUUUGGCAUUAGGGAAGUAAAUUAUUCUGUAUUGCUCUGUUCUCACAGUUUGGGGAGAAUACAUUAUGCUGUUCUUACUGAGACCUUGGAAUUAAAAAAAAACAACUCCCCGCAAAAAAAAAUCCAGUCCCAAUGUCCUUAGAAUCUAAUUGUGUGGAAGAAAAUGAGUCACAUGAAACCCCUGACAAAGAUUCAAAGUAAAACAACAAUGACUGCUGCUGGUUUGAUUUCCUUGCACCUUUUUGAGACAGCACCAGUGGGGAAUAUGAGCAACAGCAACUAAAAAAAGUGCUAAUCACAAAAGCAUAGACUUAAAAGGUCACUUUUUAUAUAUAAAAAGGCUGCUGAGGAAAUAAAGUGUUGCAUAAUAAUCAAAAGUCAACAUUGUUCCAAUAAUUUGCAGCAAUCUAGUGCCAAAACCUGGCCCUUAAGUGGUUGUGGGGAAAACUGCAAUUUGCUUUUUCUCUCCCUUUGCAUCUCUCUCUCUCUUUUCUCUUUCUCUUUCUCUUUCUCCUUCUCUCUCUGCCUCUGUCUCUUCCUUUUCCCCAUUACAGAAAUGUAGUCUAUACAGUGGUACCUUGGGUUAAGAACUUAAUUCGUUCCAGAGGUCCGUUCUUAACCUGAAACCGUACUUAACCUGAGGUACCACUUUAGCUAAUGGGGCCUCCUCCUGCCACUGCGCCGCCAGUGCACGAUUUCUGUUCUCAUCCUGAGGUAAAGUUCUUAACCCGAGGUACUAUUUCUGGGUUAGCAGAGUCUGUAACCUGAAGCGUCUGUAACCUGAAGUGUCUGUAACCUGAGGUACCACUGUACAAAAUCAUUGUGAACAGCUCAAAACAUUAGCAGGAUUCUAAAUACACUUGUAAUGUAAUAGAAACUACAGAUAAUUUAGGAAGAUGAAAAAUUUGGAGAAGUAUUGAUAUGCAGAUGAAAACAGAAUUAAGAGGAUCCAUAGAUGGGAUGAGGGUGGGUCAGGAGAUUCAGAGUAAUCUCUGUACAUGAAUGUGUAUGAUAUUGUGUAUGAUGUAACUUUAUUCUUUUUCUUUUCUGUUCUUUUUCUUUUCUUUCUUUCUUUUUGAAAACCAAAUAAAAAAAAUUAUAAAAAGGAAAGCAACUAAGAAGCAGCAUUAUCACCUAGCCCUGAUACAACACCUCAACCAAUAUGAGAUAUUUUUAGCAAAACCAUUGGCUUGCACUCACUUUGCAGAAUGAAUAUCUCUAUCCAUCGCAAGCGCAAUAAUGUAUGAAAUCAACCAUUCCAACCCACAACAAUCUCCAAGAGAACUAUGCAAUAAUAUGCCUCGUGUCUUUAUCUCCUUUGGGACUAAGUAAAGCAAAUCCCAAGGCCAAGCAGGUGCAGAAGCCAAGAUCUCAAAAUGGAGGUUUGGUUGGUUGGGUGUUUUGUUUCGUUUUAAGUGAAAAGUAAUCUUUUAAAUUGGAUGGAAGGCCUAUUUUUCAUUUUGCUUCACUCUUUAUUCCUCUCCCAUCUGUUAUACUUGAUAGCUACAGCUUUGGGGAGGGAGGGGAGGAGAACAGCAUGAGGAAAAGGCUUGUCCUUUAAUAAAGCCACUGGAUUUAUUGCUCGUGGAAGGUACUAACCUCUGAUAGCCCCGGAGUCCUGGAGCAAGUGACCCCCUACAAUCUAUCCUUACAUCACUUGCAAUAACUUUGACCUAUUAGCUGCCUCACUGCAAAGCUAAGUUGAAACAUCUGUGCCGUGAUAAAAGGUGGCAGCAUGCUUUGAUUGCAGUCAGGGUGUCUAGCGUGGUGCAGGUGUGCUUUAUGUAACUAAUACAUUAUUGCAGGUCGGUGAUCAGCGCGGUCAGCCCACAUCUCAUUUCCUCCCUGAAGGUCGGAAGUCUUUAAUGUGAGGCAGCAGAGAGUUUUGAAAAAUGUGUUUGUUUUGAUGAGGAUGAUUUUUCAGAUACAAGCAUAUCAAAGGCUCAAACGGCAGGCUGAGUGGGCCAUAUUUGAACCAAUGGCUCUCUUUUACACAUUGGGUCUGAGGACUGCGUGCAACAAUUUGAUACAAUGUGCUGAACAGUCAGGGAUGAUGGGAGCUGGGAGUGCAACUACAUUUGGAGGAUACCAGGUUCCCCAGCCCUGAAAUAAACACAUAUGCACAAAAACCGACGAAUUGCACAUGGAUGUCACAUGGAAACAAGUUCCAUUCCAUGUCGGGGUUUUGUCAUGGCCUUAGAGGUUCAGCUUAUAAACGUUUGGAUAAUCAGGUGUACUCUGUUUAGAAUAUGCCGAUUCCGAAGUGAAGUUUAUGCAUUAUCCCUAACUCUGGGAGAAGUGCAUGGCUUUGUUCAUGCUCAUGUGCUAAUGUGCUCUUCCACACUUCCCACUCAUUGCCAUUGGGCCUGUGUGGUACAGCUAUCUGACAGUUGUGCCCUUGAUGACUAUUUGCAAAGUAGUUGAGAAAAUCCAGUUUCACAAUUCAUAGGAAGCAGCAACCGCAGAGACAUAAUUAUCACAGCAAAACUGGGAAGUCCCAGGCCAUCUUUAUAAAAAAAAGACAACUGAGAAUAUUCACAAAUGACAUCUUCUGAACUGCAAGAAAAGUGUGUGGCAGUCCUCUCUCUCUCUCUCUCUCUCUCUCUCACACACACACACACACACACACACAAAAUAGCAGCCUCGUUGCUUAAUAUGGAUAACAAUGCUAACUUGGAGACAGAGGUAUCAUUCUAAUGCCUAAAGCUGAGAAACUGCGGUUCAUUCUGUUGAGAUUUUGUUAGCUCCUGCGCAAGCCGUGCUUAACGUGGAAGAAAAUAUCAGUUUGUAUACAAUCUUUGUUGAGAUUUACAUUCUCAUAUUGUAAGUGUUUACGUGUAAUGUUUAUCUCCAAAGAGUUGAAAAAUCUAUCUCCAUACGCUCAGUUCCUGUUUCUCAGCCAGGGUGCAAGCAAACAUAUGCCUCAGCCAGCUCCCUAUUAUUGUGUGAUACCAACUGCAAAACACAUAUGAAUCCUGUGUGUUCGUUGUGUGACUGUCAGGUUUGUGAGCACUUGGAGAGUAUUUGCCCUUUCCCUUACCACAUUCUUUGGGUGUUGGAUAAACAGAACAGGAAAUCCAACAAAAGGGUUAGAGUGUUCUGCAUCCGUGGACACAAUGUGUUAGCAGCUUUUUGUAUCAUUUUCCCUCUGCAGGCAAACUUUGCUACAUCCAAGAGGUCCUGGGAUGUCCAUUUUGCUAGUCGUCAUCUUUAAAACGAUCAAGAACAGAAUCUGAACCAAGAUUAUUCCAGGUUCUUUGAAAAUAAUUCUCGACACAUUCCUCAUUAGGCAUCUGUUUAUUCCAAAACAUACACACACACAGGGGAAAGAAUUAGAUAACACUUUUCUGGCUUACUAAAUGGGUUCGACUUAGUAAAUAUGGUACUCGAUUUUCAACUGAUUCUACCAUCUGUCAGCAAACUUACUGCUUUUAGCAGGGUGUUGUUUUUUUCCUCCCUUUUCCUGGUGGCAGUCUACGAGGUUUGUUUCCUCCUUUGUUCUUUUUUUGUUCAUUUUUUUUCUCUUCUCUCUUUUUUUUGCAGAUAGACUUUCUUAUGAUGUUCAGCAGAAAAAACACAGGCAACAAAUUAAUCCUUAG